ACAUUUAGAAGUUUCAAAUUUUGGGGGGAAGCAAAGCUAAUAAAGGGCCAAUGUGCUUGAGACUCCGCAUCCCCUAGGAGGUGCAUCCAGCAGAGCCCUGGGCUGCCACUAUUGCGUGUGCUGGGUGGUGGUGGGUGGCAGCUGUGAUGGAACUGGGCAGCUCCGGCGGCUGAAGCAGCAGCAGUGCUGGGUGGAACCAGCCCGGAGCUGCCCUGUGCCAGCUGGGAGCUGCAUUUGAACGGGAUGCCAGGGAGCUGCUGCCUGUCGUGUCAUGCUGUCCCCCACCCGCAGCUAACGCAUCUGUGUGGCACGCACCUGCAAAGUGAGCCCUGGCAGCCAUCUGCUCACAGCCUUCCCCAGGUGCACUGUGCUUUGCCACAACCCCUUCUGUGCAUCCCAUUCCUUCAAACCUCCUGGCAGCAGCCCCUGAAGGAGCCCGGUACCCAGUACUGGAGCAGGACAGGAGCUGUGUGUCACAUCUCCCACGUGAGCGCCAGAUGAGAGCGUGUCACACUGAAGAAACAGGUAGUUGACACAGCAUGGGGCAGCUCCAGGAGUCAGGAACUGGGGGCAAUCCACUGCAAAGCGCCCCGUGCAUCAGGGCUAACGGCAGCCUGGGAGAUGGGACAUUUGGAUUCUGUCUCUCUGCUCAACCCACAUCCUCCUUCACUGAGAACUUAACUAUCCCAUUACAUUUCAAUUUAAUGGAACAAGUCAUUUCUUCCUUUGAAUUGCAGGGGUAUCGGAUAGAGAUCUUAUGCAAACGUUAGAGCAAUAUUAAAUAGUUUAGAUAGCAUAGAGAGAGUAACAAGUGGAACCUGGCGCUGUGAAGGAGCCUGUCAGAUGUUGGUGGGGUGUGAUGCUUUCAGAGCAGAGCUGCCCCUUCCUCUUUAGUGAAGCACAGCACAGCUGGUAGAGGUGGUAUUUCUCAAGUGCUGACUUAGCUGGGCUGCCCGAGAGAGUACUGCCAUACUGAAAUGGAGGGGACCGCAGACUGUGCUGUGCUGUCUGACAUCUGCCCCGACAUCUUUCUGCCCUGAAAUACGAAAAUGAAACAAUUUAUUGAGGGGUGUGAAUAUACUCACACUACUCACACACCUUUUUCACUUGUUUUGAGGGAGAAGAGUUCUUGGCAACAGUGUUAGUUUUGAAUAACACUGAAGCCAAACUACUGGCUGGAACGUUACUGAGCCAUACUGUGGAGCUGCACUUAGUUCUUGCUCCCUCAGAUUAUGAAAGAAAAUGUGCAGUUGAUAUAGACAGUAAUGUUUUAACCUCAUUAAUUAUAACCCAGCAGAAGGUAAAAUGGCUCUCAGGCUGAGGUGGAAAACAAAUAAACAGGAGCAGCAUGCAGCUGAGGAGCCUCUGAAUACACGCCGAGCUUUGCCACACAGGGCUGCAGGCUGCUGUGCUGUCAGAUGUAAGGCUGGGCGCUGCACAGCUCGCCUUGUGCUCUGCUGACCUCAGCUGCUCUCUUUCCCAAUGGGUCCUCCUGGGGAAAGGCAAGGAGGUGACCGUGUCCCUGCAGCAGCAGUGGUGGAGUCCUGUACCACCGGCAGGGCUGGGAGCAGGCUGAGCCCCAGGUGGGAGUGUGUCCACUCCUCUGGCUGUCUGCCUGCUACCUGCAGGGGAGGAGCAUGGACAGUGACUGCUGUGAGAGCCACAGCAUGGGAAAGCACGUUGUGGGGAGGUCAGCUGUGGCCCACGUCUCCUUGUAGGUGGCAACAGUCCCCUGUCCUUCAAGCACAGUGAUUCUCACAUUGCCCUCGCUCUGCUUUGCCGUCCCACCUGCCCUCACAUCAGUGUUAAAGGCUUGGCUGGUCUUACUUUGUUUGUGGCUGAAGGCUUCCUUUCGUGUUGCUCUGACACAGCCUUCACAGCACACUACCUCUUCUUGUACAUUUUUGCACUGAGACCUUAAAACAACCAUCAGUUUAGGCUCCAUCUUCAAAAAUAAGUAAAACAAUCUUUGACCUGGUGAAAGCACUGGAAGAUGCUGUGAGAUAUUCAAGGGAAGGUGGACUGUCUCCAGAGAAAAGCAGAGACCACCAAGGAACCUGCAUACACCCAGAAGGAUGGUCUGGAGAGGACAAGGAUCAAGCACUCCUGUUGGUCAAGAGUCAGGCUGUUAAUGGGUUUAAGCUGCAGAAGAAAUAAUUCAGUCUAAAAAUUAAGAAAAUUAUAUAACUGGAGGAAAAGUUAGACAGCAGAGCCAGUUGCCAAGACAGAGGUUGUGAAACGAGAUUUUUCAAGGCUAGGCUAGACACCCAUCCAUCAGGGAUGGCUUUGGAAUAACUGAGUAAAUCCAGUGAACAAUGCAAACAGCUUGACUGGAUGACCCAGUAACAGUCCCUUCCAAUCCAAAUAUGUUCGAGAGGCUUCUGAAAUGUCCCAGCAGUUGGCGGCUUUUCCUCUUCCAGCAUAGUUUUGGUGUGUUGCUGCCAGAUGUGCCAUCGGUACCUUAUGCCAAAGGCAGCGAUGUGUAAGACUGUAGCUGGACGUAGCACCUUUAACAGCAUUUCUUUUUCUUUCAGGGUUCACCUUGCCCUUAACCCAUGUGAAGACCUGCUGGAAACACCAUCUAGAAAACAGUUUUCAGUCUUCUAAUAUUCUGUUGUGUCAAAGAAGAGCCCGUCCAAAUGAGCAAGACAUCCCCGCAGAACACCGCUACAGAUGCGAACGGAGUAAGCGUGAUUCACAGCCAGGCACACAGCAGUGGUUUGCAGCAGGUUCCCCAGCUGGUUCCCGUUAGUCCUGGUGGUGGAGGCAAAGCCGUGCCUCCAAGCAAGCAGGGAAAGAAGAAUUCCUUUGUGGAUAGAAACAGCGAUGAGUAUCGUCAGCGCAGAGAGCGAAACAACAUGGCAGUGAAAAAGAGCCGGUUAAAAAGCAAGCAGAAAGCACAAGACACGCUGCAAAGGGUCACCCAGCUCAAAGAAGAAAAUGAACGUUUAGAGGCGAAAAUUAAGCUCCUGACCAAGGAGCUGAGCGUACUGAAAGACUUGUUCCUUGAGCAUGCACACAGUCUCGCAGACAAUGUGCAACCUGUUGGCACUGAAAGCACCACAACGAAUCCAGAGAACAGCGGGCAGUAGUCACCGCCACAGCCCGACGGAACGAACUCUGGAGGUGCAGCCUGGCUGCACCACCCAUGCAGUAACUGAGCAAAAGAGGUGUUCUCUUUAACCAUCGAUUUGUGCAGAUCUUUUUAGGUUUAACACUGAAGAUUUGAUACAAUUAAACCAGAAACUGCUUAGGGUAUUUCUUUAAAGGCGUUAAAUAUUUUUCUCCUCUAGAAGAUUUGUCUAAUAAGUGCAGAUCUGAAUCCUUAGUCAGCAAGGAGCUUACUAUUACGGAAAUAGCAUUUUCACAGAUGUAUGCUUACCUUCCUACAUUUAGCAUCACGGGAGAAAUUCAUCAGGAUUUUUCACUGUAGUAUCAGAAACUCGUGAUUGGGUGAAUUCCUUUAAAUACCUUUUAGUGCAUCUAAGCCCUUCAUUUUCUCCAUUACGUAUCACAAACUGCAAAGGCCGUAGUGAGAGUUUGCUGUCUUGUUUGGUGAGCUGCUUUUCUACCUACAGAGCAAUUCCUGCAAAGCACCACUUAGGUUUUUCCUAUCUGGUUAUAGUUAACGGGCAGGGCAUAUUAAUAGCGAGCUGGAGUACUUAAAGAUGUUUUCUAGAAAAACAGCAAUAUUCUAUAAUGAUAUUUACAGGCAGUUGGCUUCCACAAGGCAAGUGGUCAUCUGAAGCACCACGUAUCAGAGGUAAAGCAGUACAAAGCCUUUUAUGCCUGCGUUCAUGUUAACGUGGCUUGCACAGUGACUCUGGGGCCUUAGGAGAACAAGAUUUUGUUUUCCAGAAAAUGUAGAAAUGCUACCAAAAACCAGUGCUCUGCAAAACUGCAUUCCUGCUGGGGUGCAGGUAUCAGGGAGAGCAAAACACGCAGCUUGGCUGAGCAAUGGAAGGAUAGGGCAGCAUCGGUACAGCAAGAAUGUGUGCGUCACAGCUCACUUACAUUCAUUUCCAUUCUCACAGCCGUUCAGAUUUGCAGCCAAGCCUGUACAGAAAUGCACAGUGAUUUUAAAACUAACGGCCCUCGUCUGAACACCUGAUUCAGCAGAAUUUCUAUAGCCAUCACAGAGUUGUGUGAAGGAGUAUCUUCAGUCUUAUUCCCAUAGAAGUUUUUCUGUAGCAGUUUUUUAAAUGCUAGUGAUAAGUCUUUGCCAUGAUCCAUAAUGCAGUGGUAUGUACUAUAUAUUGAGGAUUUUAACAGCAAAAGUAAAGCAGGAACUUUGGCGUAACCUUAAUUUAUUUUCAUUUUUAAGUAUUUCAUUGAUGGUAUGGUUGUGUUACAUUUAACCUGUGUGUCUGGCUUGUGGAUUAUUACACUGUCUUAAUUUCCCACCUACACUACCUUUUUUCCAUAUUUUGUAGGAUGCUUGUUUGCCUUGUACCUGUACUUAGGAAAAAAAACUUGGAUAUUAUCUCUAUGAAGAUGCUGUUAGAAAAUAAAAGCUUUAAAAGUUCUUUCUGAAUUUCAAUUUUUAAUACAAAGGCAGUUGGAUGCAGUUUUUUAUGGAUUGUUUUGGACUAUGGUAGUCUUUUUACAAAGAUAUGUUUUUCUGGUUCUAGCUGCAGCUUAAUUAGAUAAGAUUGAAAUAUCAGAAACUAAUAAAAACAUUGUGCCUCCA